AUGGCAAGUGGUACAUCCAUCAGCGACUUCAGUUUGAUUCUCCCAAUCAAUGCCCCAAACAAGUUGCGUCCCCCACCACUGCAUAACCCCGCGGGCGGCGCGGGCGAGACUGGGUUGUUGAGCAGCGCGGGAAGUUGCGCGGGGGAAGGGGCGCGAGCGGCGGAGGACGACCGAGAGGGCCGACAGCCUUGGGAAAGACGUGGCCGCGCCCGGCGCACCGGCUCUCAGCGCUCCCGCGCAGCAGCCCGGGGCGCGGCGCCCGCGUGGCCAUGCCGGGCUGGCGCCUGGGCGGCCGCUAGGAGCGUGGGGACGCAGAGCGGGGGCUCGGGGCGCCGCAGAGCCGCUGCAGCGCAUGCCGAGCCCGACGCGAGCCUCAGCUGUCAGCCGCGGAGGGAAACUUCCGCGUUUCCACCUUCGGCGCUGAAAUCACCCGGGGGAGGGCCCAGCCUCGCCGCCGCGGCCGGCGCAGCCACCCGACCGGCCUGGCACGCAGGGGGCGGCGGGCGGCCAGCCUGUGGGCACGGCGCGGGGCGGCCGUCCGGAGACUCCGCCGACGGCGCGCUCGGCCCGGGGACCUGGCCUCAGGCAGAAAGGAGCGCGGGCGCAGGCCGGAAACUCCAUCUGGCCGGAGCUGCAGGCUGCCAGGGAAUGUGGGCAGGCGGUGCAGCCCGCGCUUCCGACCGCGCCGCACAGAGGUGGUGAGGUCGGGAAACCAACCCUGCAGUUCCUUAGGAUAAGCCGUGCUAAGGGGUGACACCAUUCCCGGGAGGAGGAGUAUUCCACAAAGAGUUGGUGGAUCGCUUAGCAUUCUGAUCUACUUUUGCCUGACGUAUACUCAUCAUUCUUUCUGCAGUACUUGCAAUGGCAUAAUGGACUACCCAACGAAUAAAUGUAAUUUUUAGUUUUCAUUUUUAAUAACCUGAGAUAAAUACUUUUCUCUGGGGGAACACUGCAUAUAACAUUCUUGUGAUUUAAGAAUGUGCAGCAUCCCAGUUUAUUUCAGUUUCACACUGAGACGUCUUUUAAGAAGCCGUGCUCUGAAUUCAAGGGGAAAAAAAUCAGAAAAGCCCCAACACUGACUGGAGUGGAAAAACCCAUGUUUACUUCAAGUUGCUGGCUUGCUCCAAACUGUAAUGUAUUACCGCCCUCUUGAAAAACACUAAAACAACGUAUUUUGAGUUCAAAGCUGCACUGUCCAGAUAGGGUAGCCACAAGCCACAUACGGCCGUUGACCUCUUGAAAUUAUGAUUAGUAUGAAUUGAGAGGGA